UCGAUAUUGAAAUUUUAUCUUUUAUUAUUACCACCAUUAUUAUUUCAAAUAUUCAUCAUCAUCAUCAUUAUUAAUAUGCUUAUUCCUUUAUUAUAUUCUUUUGCCUCGGCGGCCAUCGCUUCAAUCACCGAAAAAGCCUAUUCAAUUCUUUUGUCAACAAUUUCAUCCCCAUCAUCAUCAUCAUCAUCAUCAUUAAAUCAUUAUCGACUUCAUCGACAUCGGUAUUCAAAUAUGAUUUAUACAACAACAUCAUCAGCAUCAGCAUCAUCAUCAUCAUCAUGUUUAUUUUUAUUAUUUAUAAUAAUGAUUUCCACAUUUACAUUUGUAAAUUCAUUGCCCAGUUCUAUCAAUGUCGGUGCCGUAUUCACACAUGAUCGUCUGGAUCAAGAGAUUGCCUUCAAAUUGGCCAUUAAACGUAUCAAUUCGGAUCGUAUAAUUUUACCGCAUACAAAAUUGAUACCGAAAAUUGAACAUAUACAAAAACAUGAUAGUUUUCAUGCUGAUAAAAAAGUUUGUGGCCUAUUGCAUACAGGGGUUGUGGCCAUAUUUGAUCCACUUGAUGGUUACAUAUCUCGUCAUUUACAAUCAAUUUGUGAUGCAUUAGAUAUACCGCAUUUAGAAACACGUUGGGAUUUUACAACCAAACGUGAUGAUCUGUCGGUGAAUUUGUAUCCAAAGCCAAAUGUUUUGGCUAGAGCAUAUGUUGAUAUAGUAAAAGCAUGGAAUUGGAAUCAAUUUGCCAUUGUUUAUGAAGAUAAUGAAGGACUGAUACGUUUACAGGAUUUCUUCAAAGAAGCUGAAUCCUUGAAUUGGCGUAUUAAACUACAUCAAUUUAAACCAGGUAAACCAUAUCGUGAAACAUUUUGGAAAGUUAAAAAUGAUGGUGAAAAAAACAUUAUAUUGGAUGUGAAAAAUGAGAAUAUUUUUCGAGCUUUAAAACAUGCACAACAAGUUGGCCUGAUAACCGAAUCGCAUAGUUAUCUGAUAACACAAUUAGAUUUACAUACAAUUGAUUUAGAGGAUUUUAAAUUUGGUAAAACAAAAAUAACCGCAUUCAAGAUAAUUGAUGAUUCAAAUGAAGAGCUCAAAUUAUUACGCGAAGAUUGGCGUUCCGAAUUUCCAAAAUAUUAUUCACCAGAAAUUUCGACUGAAUCGGCAUUGAUUUAUGAUGCUGUUAAAUUAUUGGCAACCGCCAUACGUGAAUUAGAUCAUGGACAAUCAAUCGAAAUACAACAAGUUAGCUGCGAAAGUAGUGUACCAUGGUCACAUGGUAGUUCCUUAAUAAAUUAUAUGCGUCCGAUUGAAUUUCGUGGCAUAACCGGUUUAGUUGGCUUCAAUGAUCUUGGUUUCCGUUCAUCAAUAACAUUAUCAGUGGUAACGGUAUCACCACAAGGUUUGGAAGAAAUCGGUACAUGGUCUGAAGACGUGGAACAAGAACGUCGUUUAAAUAUAUCGCGUGAUUGGACCAUACAUUAUUCAUCAUCAGCAUUAGAGAAUAAAACAUUGAUCAUUACAACGAUUUUGAAUGAUCCAUACACGAUGAUUAAAGAUUCAUCAUUUAAACGUAUUGGUAAUGAUCAAUUUGAAGGCUAUGCAAUUGAUUUGAUAUCGGAAUUAUCGAAACUUUUACAUUUCAAUUAUGAGUUUCGAUUGGUAAAAGAUGGUGCAUACGGUCGGCCGGAUAAAGAAGGUAAUUGGAAUGGUAUGAUGGGCGAAUUAAUACGUGGUGAAGCUGAUCUGGCCGUUGCUGACCUGACCAUUACGUCGAAACGUGAAGAUGCUGUUGAUUUUACACAUCCAUUUAUGAAUACUGGGAUUAGUAUUCUUUACAAGAAACCAACGAAAAAAAUUACAUCAUUAUUCUCAUUUCUAUCACCAUUUUCAAAUGUUGUUUGGAUCUAUGUCGUCUGUGCUUAUAUCGGGGUUUCGUCAAUGUUAUUCAUCGUUGGACGUAUUUCACCAUAUGAAUGGGAAAAUCCACAUCCUUGUCGACAGAAUGAACAAGUUCUUGAGAAUGCAUUCAGUUUAUCAAAUAGUUUUUGGUUCACAAUCGGAUCACUGAUGCAACAAGCAUCGGAUUUAACUCCCAAAGCAAUGUCCACCAGAACAAUUGCAUCGAUUUGGUAUUUUUUUACAUUGAUUAUGAUUGCAUCAUAUACGGCUAAUUUGGCUGCAUUUUUAACUGUCGAGAAAAUUGUUUAUCCAAUUGAAAAUGCUGAAGGAUUAGCGACACAAGAGAAAAUUAAAUAUGGUUGCCUUGGGUCUGGAUCGACUGCAUCAUUUUUUGCUGAAUCUAAUAUAACAACAUAUAAGAAAAUGUGGGAUUUUAUGAGCAAACAUUCAGAUGUUUUCAUGAAAUCCAAUGAAGAAGGUCGAAAAACUGUCGAGAAAGCCGAUGGAAUGUAUGCCUAUCUGAUGGAAUCAGCAUCGAUUGAAUAUAUUAUCGAAAGAAAUUGUAAUCUAACACAGAUUGGUGGCCUUUUAGAUUCUAAAGGAUAUGGUGUCGCAACACGAAAAGAUUCACCAUAUCGUACACCAUUAUCGCAAGCAAUAUUAAAACUACAAGAAAGUGGUGCAUUAUUAACAUUGAAAGAACGAUGGUGGAAACAGAAAAAAGGUGGUGGCCAAUGUAUUGAUGAUCCAAAAAAAAGUUCUGGUUCAGUAACGCCAUUAAAAAUUGAUAAUGUUGGCGGUGUAUUUGUUGUAUUAUUGGGUGGCUUAAGUUUUUCAUUAUUUGUCGUGAUACUAGAAUUUGUUUGGAAAUCACGUUAUGAACAACCAUCGCAACAAAAUAAUGAUCAGAAUGAAACAAUUUGUGAAGAAAUGAUGAAUGAUUUAAAAUUUGCGCUAAUGUGUCAAUCAUCAUCAAAAUUGGUAUCAAUUUCA